AUGACUGCCAUCGGAGCUUCGCCAUCUAGCUCUCCGCGCCUACCCAGCCCCCCUCCGUUCACAGAAGUGCAGAUUGGUCCCAAAUCGCCGACUGUGGAUGAUAGCCUUAUAGGUACAGCACCCGCACAAGAUGGCUCCUCUACGCGACGAAUCCGCCCCGGCACCAAGGCUGCGGACAUGGCCUCCGGGCCACCACUCAUUCCGCUCUCACAACUCGAUUCCCCUUUCCAACUUCAAGAACACCUAAAAGCCUCCUACCAGCAUUUCACGCAUCCAUCAGGCUCUUCAACCGUUCCAAUUAACCGAAAGUCCGCAGAACAACUCGCUGAGCCUCCCGAGGGCGUCGAACGGUCUCUGUGGCUUUACGAACUAUGUCGCUUCUUGACAAUGAAAGCAAACAAUAUCGUCAUUGCGUUCUUCGCAGACAACCCGCCUUGCUCAGCACAAACAUGCCCAGAAAUGCGCGCUUCUGAAUGGCAAUACCUUUGCGCUGUACAUGAUCCGCCAAAGCCAUGCUGCGCAAUCGAUUACUGCUGUCAUACUUUGGAUUGGGCAACGAAUAUCCUAACCUCACCUAAAUUCUUCCCAAGCCGACUAACUCUGGGAAGCGAGGCUGCGGGCGGGCCGCAGACGAGCAUGAGACAUUUAACAAACAUCUUCCGGAGAGUAUAUCGGAUCUUUGGGCAUGCUUGGUUUCAACAUCGAGAGGUGUUUUGGCAAGUGGAAGGCCAGGAUGGAUUGCAUGUCUUCUUCAAAACAGUUUGUGAUGUGUACAACCUGCUUCCAGAGGACAAUUAUACCAUUCCCGCCGAAGCAGAGGGCGAAGAUCCCCACCCGAAAAGGCCAGACGACGGAGGUCGAAAAAUGACUAUACUUCGGAAAGAAGAUAACCUUCAACCAGAAUCAAACUCAGACCAUACAUCUACUUCUCUAAGCCCAGGGGCAACGACAAGACGACACCGUCAUUCACCAUCAACGGGCGCGGCUGUCACUACGAUAACGGAAGCAGCCGAAGACGAUAGUGACUCAACUAAGGAGACUGGUAACACCUCUGUCGUCGAUUGUUCGCCGGAGCAAAAGGAACAGCAGGAUAAUGACCCACCACGAAAACCUCAAGAGGAGACACCGCCAUCAUCACCUGAACAGCCUUCUAAUACCGCAAUAGAAACAAACGAUGAUAAAUCAACGGCGUCACCGGAAGAUCUUGAAGACGAAGAGCAAGGCGAAAGGACGAAUACUCCCCCGGCGACUGCUGACACCAGUUCCACCCCAGAUGGCGAACCUGCCCAAGACGAAAACCAUACCGAAAGUAAGACCCAAGAACAAGAACAAACACAACCAGAUGAGCCAGAGGAGAAGCAGGAGGAGCAGGAGAAGCAGGAGGAGCAGGAGGAGCAGGAGGAGGAACAAGCACUUGCGCAAGACACAACACAAAAAUCAGACCUGCAACCGGACUCGAAACCGACUGAAAAGCCGCAACCGGACCAUAAGCCUGAGGACUCUUCUCCACAACCUUCUGAUGCUCCUUUAGCUGAACCAAUACCAGACGAGCCAACUCUAGGUGACAGCCCGGAAAAUACAGAUGAAGAUAUUCCACAGGAAAAGGCAGAUGCGCAGAUCGAAACGCAAACAAUGCCAGAUCCUUCUGAUGAAUUACAGCCAUCUCUACUUGAAAACGAAGAGCAUGAGAACGCAGAGAAAACGUAA